AAGGAAACCUAUGCUCACAAGUUUCCUUAAGCUGAUAUUCGAAGUAAACAUUGACUUUUACAAAUGCGUCACCGAAAGCCUAAACGGACCCAUUGUUACUGCAACGCUUUCGUAAGUAUUGGAGGGCAAUACAUAUAUAGACACGGACUUUUACCUUGAAAUGCUGCUCGGUUGGGAACAAGUGGCGUCUUAUGGACGCAACGAAUCGGCCUUCUACAAGGCCAGCCAAAAGCAGCGUCAUCGUGGGCGCUGGCGUGACAGGCUUGGUAUGCGCUCGUGCGUUGUUGGAGGCUGGGGUGAGCGUCGUUGUUGUGGAGGCGGCACCGGACUUGUUUCCAGGACGUGCGGCAUGGCGCUUCUCAGCUGACUUAGUCAAUAAAUACCCUGACCUGGAGCAGCUGUUCUCGCUGCCCGAGCACCUGCCCCCCGCCGGCGCCUCCCCCGAGGCGCUGCACCGCUACCUGCUGGGAUUCGUGGAGCGAUUCAACCUGCGCCAACACAUCAUAUUCAGCUGCAAGCUGGAGCAUGCGCAGGUGGGCGAGGACGGCCGUUGGGCCAUCGUGUGCAGCGACCUGCUGGACCCGCAGCGCCUGCACCGCCUCACCUCCGACUUCCUGGUCAUCAGCGCGGGAGCGUGCCUGGCGCCGGCGGUGCCGCAGCUGCCGGGCGCCUCCGACUUCUCGGGUGUGCGCUGCCACUGCCGCGACCUGCGCGACCGGGACGCGGGGCCGCUGGUGGCGGGGCAGCACGUGGUGGUGGCGGGCGACGACAAGGCGGCGGUCGACUGCGCACGGCAGGCGGCGGCGGCGGGGGCAGCCAGUGUCACUCUGCUGUACCACCAGCCCCACUGGCCGCUGCCCACCAAGCUCCUGGGUCGCGCGCUGCCGCACCUGGCCUACAGCCGCUGCCUGCCCUGGCUGCUGCUGCCGCCCUACUACACCGCGGGCCGGGCGGCGCGCGGCUGCAGUGCGGCGCUGGCCCCGCUGCGGCGGCUGUUCUGGUGGCGUCUGGAGCGGCGGCUGAGUCGCAAGCACGGACUGGAUGAGGCCACCCGGCCGCCCGUGAGCCUGCUGCGGGACAUGUUCUACAGCGUGCAGGCUGGCGCGGAGAAGGAAAACUGGGUGGGGGUGCUGCAGGGCUCAUCUGUGAGGCUGGUGCGAGGCGACAUCAGCCGGCUGGGUCCCGACUUCCUGGUUCUGAAGGACGGUACGACACUGCCCGCCACCGUGCUCGUACACUGCACGCCGUACACCCGGAACUACACGGUGUUUGACCCGGAGCUGCAGGCCAGCCUGGGUGUCCGCAAGGACGGGCUGCACCUGUACCGCUCCAUGGUCCCCCCCGCGGUGCCCUCCCUCGCCUUCCUGGGCUGCGAGACCAGCAGCCCCUACUCCUGGCUCACCACCAGCCUGCAGUCGCAUUGGGUGGCGGCGCUGGUGAGCGGGCGGCUGGAGCUGCCCAGCAUGCGCCACAUGAAGGCCGAUGUGUACCUGCAGCGGAGGUGGCGGCGGCACGCCUUCCCCCCGCAGCACAACCGCGGCAGCCUCAUCCAGUGGUACUCGCAGGCCUACCACGACCAGCUGAUGCGGGACAUGGGGCUGACCACACGGGUCAAGCCAUCCACCGGCUGCCUGCCCCUACACAGCAUGUUCGGCACUCACACCCCCGCCGACUACCGAACCCUAUUCAAUCCUGACCUGGCGGCAGCAGCAGGGGCGGCACGCAAUGCACCUGCCGUACGACGAUCUCCGCCUCGUACCUCCGCCGGCACCCAUGCCGUACGAUCCUCCCCCGCCGCGGAUCUCGCUUCCGCCAGUGUCACCAUCAUGCGUUCAGCACUCAGUAUAACGGCCGCUGGCGGCGGCGACGGAUCCGUACGAGGGGCGUCGUCGUCGGCUGUACGACAGCGGCAAUUCCCUGGCAGCAGCGGCGACACGCCGCCGACGACGACGCACCCUGGAUUGGAUCGUCAUCGCAGCGCGGAGUCCUUCCGCCGCCAAAGCGUCGAUACGAGUCGCGUGGCGAUCGCGCACGUGUCGGUUACCAGUAACGCCUCGCGGUUGCAGAUGUUGCUGGCGAGUCGUACGUCGCUGCCCAUUGGCGGCGACGGAGCCGACGGCGAGGUCGAUGCCGACGCGCUGAACCUGCUGACGUCAGUGCCGUCGGUGACCAUUCCUAAAGGCAUACGCGGGGCCAUGCAGACGGCUGGGAGCUGCGGCGGCGGCAUUGGGUCGACGGCGGCGGCGCCGACUGUGUCGCCGCCGCCGUCGGCGUUACAGCGGCGAGUGAGCAGCGUCGGCGGCAGUCGUUUGGGCAGCAUGCGGGGAAGCGUUAUGGGCGCCGCCAUUGCUGCGGCAGCCGCCAUGACGGCCAGUGGCGCCGGAGGGAGCUUUACGGGAAGGGGGAGCAGUAGCUAUACGCCAUUCAGUCCGGUUGCCGUAUUGGCGUACGGUGACGAGCAUUCAUCGCGACAUUGCUCCGCUGCAUCGCAUUGUGAAAUCGAGCCGCUCGUGUCGCCACGGCAGCCGCCGCCGUCGGCGCCGCGCGUGCCGACCAGUGCCAGUGAAGGCGCCGGCGGCGGCGGCGGCGGCGGCGGGGCCCCUGCUGCCUCAUUGACACUACCGUUCUCGGGGAGUGCUAAACGAGCUGCGGAGAGGGACGCACGUACUGCUGAAUGGCGCGCUGUGGCAGCAGCGGCGGCCGCCGCGGGGCCUCGGGGUGUCCCACGGGUCGCUCAAGGGCCGCUGCCGCCCCAGUUACGCAGCACGGGCGCGGAAGGCGCGCCCUGUGAAGCGCCUCCAACCUCACCGCUAGGGCAAGGCAUGGAAGUGACGUCUGUGUUUGCCACGACCGCGGAGGCUCCAUCUUCGGAGCUGGGUGGCAGCUUGCUUCCACUGUCCGCCUCGGAGCAAUCCCCGUUUGGGGCCUCAGGAUCCCUCUUCACACACCCCCAGCCACACCCCCAGCCCCCAGCCGCUCAGCCGCACCCACGACCCGCGCCACCCCAGUUCUCUCAGUCCCAGCCGCAGCUCCCAACCGCAUCCUCCACUCAACCCCAGCUGCAGCCGCACCAACCACCCCACUCCACCCCCUGCAUGGACCUCAAGGACUCCCUUCGAACACAGCAGCUCACCAGCAGCUCACAGAACGACCCGCUAACCUCGCUCGCCUCCGAGCCCGCGGGGGGUUUCUCCGGCACGCGCCUCAUGACGCACCUGAACUCCACCCCGAGUACGGGGGGCAGCAUGGGCUCAGGCGUGCAUGUACGGCUGGGACAGGUUGCGGCAGCCGGCUUUGCUACUGCUACUGCUAGUGCCGGUGCCGCAGCCACCGCUGCUGCGGCAGCACCUGCCUCCACCUCCGGCGAUGCGCUGGCCGCCGCCGGUGGUGCGGCUGCUGUUCGCACCGGCACUGCUGCUGCCGCUACCGGACCGCACUCCCGCCCCUCUUCGGCCGCAGCCAGCCGCCUCAUGAAAGGCCCUUUCUCCGCGUCCUCCUCAACGGUUGCAGUCGGAGGGCCGGCUAUGGCGCUCGGUGGAUCGGCUUCAGUGGGACAGUGGCCCUCCAGCCCCCUUCGGCUUCGUACGACGGAGGCCGCUGCCGCCGGAGGCGGGGGCGGCAACACGUCAUCGCUGCUUCCGUCGAGUUCCGUGAUGGGCCGCAGUGGCCGGGUGUGCAGCGUGGGGGCGCGGCCUCGGGACAUCAGCUCCAUGCUGCCUCCGGAGCUGCUGCAGGGUUACGAGGUGCUCACCCCCGGGGAGCUAUCCGUACGGCGACAAGCUGGCGUGCCGCCGUCGCAGCUGCAGCAGCAUGCCGUACAACUUGUCGUGCAACAACAACAACAACAACAACAGCAACAGCCGCAAUACGCUCACCACUCUCACCAUCAUCAUCACCCGCAGCAACCGCAGCAGCAGCACCUGCACCACCAGCACACGGACCCGCUGGGCAUGUCGGGUGGUAUUGCCUCAUCAGGCCUGCCAGGCCACAUAGCGCUGCUCCGGAUGGAAGCCAGCGAGGAUUACGAUGCCGGCGGCCUAGGAAUGGGAAGUGUCGGCGGCGUUGGCGGAGGCGUUGGCGGCGCCGCGGCAUCUGGCGCUCUCGCCAGCGUGUCCGGCUCUAUGGCCGGUGGUGGCGGCGGUGGCCUGUUGGUCAUGUCCCACACCCGCAGCACCCCUAGUGCCGUACUCAUGGCUGCUCGCGCUAACCUCAUGCCGCGUGUCUCCAUGAACGGUAUGCGCGGAACGCUCUCCCAGCGCCCGUCGCAGCUGGGCAUGCGACCCGCCGCCUCGUCGGCGUGUCUUCUGAGCGAGGCUGCGGCCGCCGCUGCCGCUGCUGGUGCUGGCGCUGGUGCUGGUUCCGUACUGCCCUCCUUCGCCAGUCAGGAUCGACAAACGGGUGCGGGGGUCGGGCAAGCGGCGGCGGCGCCGGCGGCGACGGCGAUUCCGGCGAUGCCGUCUGCUUCGUCUGCUUGUUCUUCAACGUACAUUGUGACUGCGGCGCAUGUCAGCGGUGCUAACGUGGGCGGCAGCGCUGGCAGCGGCGGCUUGGUGUCGACUGGCAUGGCGUCUGGGGUAGCUGCCGGCGGCGGAGGCGGCGGAGGCGGCGACGGAGGCGGCGGAGUGGGCAGCAGUACCAUCCGCAAGCCGCGCCGCAACUCGUCCGUGGUGUUUGGCAACAUGCUAGGGAACGAGGAGUUUGUUGAGCUGCUGCUGGCUGCGGGUAACAACGACGGUCGUCCCGAGGGUGUGAUUGAGGUGUGCGAAAGCAGGUCCAUGCUGGGUCUACCGCUGGAAGACCAGUCGCUGGCGUCGACGUCGGUUGCAGCAGCCAUGGCGGCGGCGGCGGCGUCGGCUGGCGGAAGUCGAUCCGGAGGGUCGGCGGCGGCGGCGGCGUCCGUACAUCGCCCACGCAGCGCCCUGUUUAACGUAACGUCCGGUAACGUUGCGGCCGCCGCUGGCGGCAGCGACGGCAGCGCUGGCUUAGGCUCCUCCGAUGUCAGCGGGAUGGUUCCUCCGUCGCCAAGUGUCAUGCUGCCCGUCAGCCCCAUGCAGACUAAGCCUAACUUCAGUGCCGCUAACCUUCACUUGGCGGCGGCCGCUAACGCUGCCAUCGCCGCUGCUGCCUCCCACGGCGGUCGGCCCGUGUCACGUGGACGCAGCCCCUUCAAUUCGUUGGCAGGUUAUGCGACAGCUAUGUCCGCCGGCUUGGUCGACGUGGCAGUCGGCGACGGCGGCGGCGGCGGCGCUACCCAUGGAUCCAACUCUUGGGCUUUGCGGCGCGGUGGCGACAGCCCUCGUCGUGCGGCACUGGCGUCAAGUUCUGGCGCUCUUGCGCUUCGCCAGAGCGGAUCCCAGGCGUCGCUUGCCUCUCAUCACCACCUCCAACCUGCCCACCAAAACAGCCAACACGUGCCGGCACAUCAUCACACGUCGGGUCACCCCCUAUCGCCUCUGCAGCGGCAGGUGGUGCCAAACCGACUGCAGCACUACACGCAGCAACACCAGCAGCAUCAACAACGAGAAGGCCAGCAACCACAAGCCCAGUAUCAACACCAGGAACCGCUCAUGUCGCAACAGCAGCAGCAGCAGCACGGUCACCAGCAGCAAGGCUUGGCCCAUGCGGGGAGCGGCGGCUACUUUGUUCUCGUCCCCGAGCUGGACAUGCAGCAAGGCGAGCUGCAGGGUGAGCUGGUCACCGCGGCCAACGUCAGCCCGGACCGAACUCAACAAAGUACCCGACAGGGCACGCAGAGCCAACCUGCGGUCAACGCGGCGAGUGUGAGCGCUGCGCAGACGCACAUUCCGGGCGGCGGCGGCGGUGGUGGCGGUGGCGGAGAGUCCAUGGGCCUUAUUUUGGACGGCUCCACGGCUCUGGCCGCAUCGCUGGAGGCCGUCCUUGCAACCCUGAAUGCCUCGAGAUGCAGCGUAGGCGCCGGGGGCGGUGUAGGUCGCGGCGCCACUUGCAGCGGCAGUGUCGUUAUGGAAGAGGCCUUCAACUCGUCUCCAGCGCUUGCAGCGCGGGUGCACCCGCCGCCACCGUCGCUCAGGAGCAAGACCUCCGUGCCCACGUUACUUGAGAGUUGCGACGGCGAUACGACGGAAGGCACGACAAGGGGAGGUACGGCAGAUGGCGCAUCAGGAUCUGUGCUGUCGUACGGUGGUACGACAGUAACGCCGCGCGAGGGUGCCACCUCAGAUGCAGGCGCUGUCAAGGCAGCGGCGAAACGAGGGCCCCGACGCAACAUGAGUAAACAGAACAUUGUGCGUGGUUGGAAUAACUUGAAAGCAGCCUUUGGUUUUGGUUCUGGCGGCGGCGGCAGUCGAGUGGGCAGUGCUGCCGCCCCUGCCGUCGUUGGAGUCAACGGUGCCACCACUGGGCAGUACGGCGCAAACGCCGUACAUGCUGCAGCUGGGCAGCGGACGCCUGCUAGUACGACAGAAAUGUCGUACGGUUCGCUUUCGCCGACGCCUGGGGCGACGUCGCGCGUGCCGACGAGCCAUGGCGUCAGCGUCAGCGGCGGCUGCGCCGUUGACGACAGUACGGAUGACGUACGGAUGCCGCCGUCUCGGUACGGCAGCAUGGGAGCGCCAACAACCAGUGGCGCAGGCGUCUCCGCUGCCGGGCCGGUGUCUGCAUCGCCUUUUGAGUCCCUCCGCGUUCCUUCGAGCUCGUACGUCCCUCAGACAAUACUGCGACGGAAGAGCACGCUCGGCGGCGGCGGCGGCAGCACCGGGGUCAUGCCUGGCGGCGGCGCCUUCGGCAGCAGCCUAAGCCGCAAGAACAGUAGCCUUGGCGCCGGUGCCCCAAGCAGCUUGCUGGGUUUGAACUCUUCGUUAUCCCGGACUGAUGUGGAAGCAGCGGAAUCCCAGGAGGCUAGCCGUCUGGCGCUGAGUUCCAAGGGCGCUGCGGAGGCGAUGGCGCCGUCAGCUGCGACAGCCGCUUCGCAGCCGGGCACCGCCGCUGUCGCCGCCGUCACGGCAGCGGACCGGGACUCACGCAGCGGCGCUAUUGCUGAGGUCGUAGCAGCUGCUGCGGCGGCACCUGCUGCCGGCUGCGGCAGCGGCGUCGACGAGGACGCAGCUGUUGGCCGGGGCGGGAGCAGCACUGCCGCACGCAGACGAAGCGGAGCCGAUUACUUUGGUGGUGGUGUUGAUGGUGGCACGGAGUUGGAUGCAAGGGACGAUGCCGGCACUUCGACUGGGGCAGCUGUGGCAGCAGCCGGUGGCCAGCAUCUCCGUCUGCCGCACCGGCACGCAUCGAGCCAAGCGCUAGCGGUUGGCGCCGCUGCUGCUUUCCUGGCGGCAAGUGCAGCGGAAAGCGCCGAAGCCGACCCUGCUGCUUGUUCCCUUCCACGUCCCCCUGAACCAACCUUGUUGACGGAGCCGUCGGCUGGGGUCGCCGCUGCAGCAGCAUGUCAUUCAACGCCCCCUGGCGCCGCCGACGCCCUAGGUCGCUCCCUCAUCCGCUCCAGGUCUUCCCACACCAUGCAGCAGCAACAGCGGCAGCAACAGGAACUUGAACAACAGCAGCGGCUUCUGGGGCUGCAGUUGCUGCAGCAACUGCAGCAGGCGGAUAUACAGCGUACGGCAACACAACAGCACGUUGUACAACAGCGGCAAGCCGUACAACAACAACAGCAGCAGCAUCAACCGCAGCAGCCACAGCACGUGCAGCUCGUCUCAGGCCGCGCAGCCAUGCUAGAAAUGCCGGCCCAGGUGCGCAUGCAGGCCCUCCCUCGUGCGCCGGGCCGGAAAUCCCUUAGCCGCGACAGCAGCCUCCAAGCCCUCCAAGCUGCCAUGACUCAAUCGCAGCAGCACCAUCCGCACCACCCGCCGCUACCGCAGCACCUCCAGCAGCAACAGCAGCUGCAACACGAUGCAGCAAGCCGCAGCCGAAGCGCACAGGGCUACCGAGCACAGCCCCUUGGAGGCGUCCCAGUGGAGCAGUCCUCCGCCUCCGCUUCGCCGCUUAGUCCCAACAGCCCGCCACCGCCGUUUGCUGCGGAGCAGGGCCAUCAUCAAGGCGAGGUGCGAACCUCCGCCAGCACUGCUGCCCGAGCCAAAGGGCCGCCGCGGAGGAGACACAGCCUGCUGCGGGCUAUCUUCAGUCCCGGGGGCAGCAUGACGGCUGGCGGCAGCGGCGGCGGCGGUGGCGGCUGCAAUGACGGGUUUGGCGCCGCGCUACCUGCCGGCGUGUCAGCAACGCCAGCAGGGGUGGCACCGCAGGCGGCGUCACCGGCGGCUGCAGUGCUGCCGCUGCGGCCCGCUCGCCGCCUGCCUAAGCGGGUGGCUUCAGAGCUGCCCAUGUCCAUCCGCGGCGCGGCGUCAGGCGACCCUGUGGGCUCUCAUUGGCGGUCCAUGCUUGGGGCGGCGGGAGGCGGCACCGGCAACCCACACGCGAAUCCGGGAGGCUGGACGGGCGGGUCAUCACUCGGCAUGGCCGGCGGCGCCGGCGAGGGGCAUGGCGGUGGCGGCGGCGGCUCCGCCGCCACCACGUGUGCGGCUCCUUUCGACGGCGGCAGUCCCCCGCACUUGGUGGCUACUGGAGCAGCGCGGCGGCACGUCAUACCUCGACGCGACAGCGUCAUUGGGAUGCUACUCGCGGAGAUGGCUGAGGACACGGGGGGUCCGCCGGCGGAUGUGUCUCCCGGCGUGCAUGCGCAUUACAGCUCGGGUAUGGGCAGCUGCAUGUCGCACUUGUUCGACCCGCAUGCGCCGGAGGGGAUUUUGGCAUGGGAGCGGCCGCCGGCAUGGAAUGAGGAGGGCUCGGACGGCAGGGCGGCUGCUGCGACUGCUGGGUCCACUGGUGGAGGCGGGAGUGGCGGCUGUGAGGAGGGGUAUGAGCGGCGGACGCUCGCGAGGAACAGCUCCGCACGCGCCCAGUGGCACAUGGCGGCCGCGGUUCUCCCGUCCGUCAUGUUGGGCCGGAUACCCACCGUCACCACAGGCACCGGCACCGGCCAUACAAUGCCGCCCCCUCAGCAUGCGGCUGCAAGCGCGGCAGCAGCCCAGAUGGAGGCCAUGGCAUGGGGGAAUGCAGCGCCUGCCUUUGACCGCUCAGCGUUCCCGUGAUUGAAUGUACGAAGACGCGAAGUUCCGCGAUUGUCGAUGGGAUGGGUAACGGGAAUGACCGAAUCCUCAUCGGUUGUAACGUGCGACAGUGUGUGCAUAUACUCGAAUCCGUGAGCUCGGCGAACGAAGAGGAGUGCACACGCGUGUGAUGCUCGGGUGGCGUCGCGUGCGUGCAUACUCGCGAUCUACUUGAGCGGGGGCGGCUGUUGACAUGGUUCAUGGUUUGGGAAGUUAACUUUUUGGCUGGAUCCUGCAAUGGCGUGUGUGUGUAUGGGGCAUGAUUCGGAUAAUAGCAAAGCAGGGCUGCUAGUUGCCACCGGUGCUCUGAGGAUGCUGGUAUGGGCCUUACACGCUUUGAGGGCCUAUGAGCGAGGGUUGUGCCUCGUAGCCCUCUGCUUCAUGGGGCUAGAUCGCGGAAUUUAUGAACCUUGCUGCGCGCAAAGAACACGUGCGUACUGUGCGCGCAACACAUUAAAACCAUAUGUUGUUGGCGUAUAGGUGGAGAGAUACUCGUAAUGCUUAGUUUUGCCGUACCGCUGAACGAAGGAACCUGCAUGGCAUAUCCGCCAGUUAAGCAAUAACAGUAGGGUUAAGAGGAAGGAACUAAUGAUUGGUAGGGCGCGGGCACAUGCUGUGGCCUGAUCACCCGGAGUACGUUCGGAGCUGGUUAGGUAUACUUUCCUUAAUCGUUCGGGUGGGGAAGGGCGUGUAAAUCGCUACCCGGAGGGGACGUUGACGUUUGACUGAAUGUCCGGGGAAUGUCGAUAGCAUUGGGGUGGGGUGUGACGUGGUGUGUUAAGAGAACUGGCCAGGAGCCGGAACUGUGAUGCGUUAAGAAGACUGGCUCGCGAGGAGGAACGUACUGGACUGUCGGAAGAUGAUGUCCCCACCAGAACGCCACGGGAGACGAGGAGUACUGUGGUGUGUAUGUGGUGUGUGCAACGCAAGAUGCAACAAUGUGCGAACAAUGAAGCGUUACACCACUUACAUGUGAUGAUGAGGAGCAUUACGGGCGAUAAACACUGAUCGGCUAUGGGUUAUGUUGCAUUGCAAGAUGUGAGCCGCAGCUGACGUUUGCGGUGUAAGUACUACGUAGGCCUCAACAGUCGGGGGCAAGGUAAGACAGGUUGUUAGUAAUCGGGACCGGGCACCACUUUUGUGUGGAAGGGCUUUCCGCCUAGGUGGGACGAUCUUGGACAAAUGCAAGAGGUAAAUGGGUUAACGGAGGGCAGUUAGCGAUGCUAGAGCCCGUUGUUUCGUUUGAACUUAAGUGGGAAGGGCAACGCUCUUGACGUUGCUACUGGCGGAACUUGAGGGGACAUGCGGGCGGGGCAUUGCGGUGCAUGGUGCAAGGGGGUGUCCAGUGGGUCUCAGUACUGUUGGCUUUUGCUGAGAGGGAUUUUAGAGGCUGUUAGGCGGGAUCAAGGGAGCUGCCUGCCGUGCGAUCGUGCGGACACGAUUGCUUGCGCGCAGGUUUCCUGGAGAGGCAACAUGAAGAUAGAAGGAAAAGCGUUAUAGAGGUUGGGCUUGAAGGUCAUGCGAUUGAGCUGUUAAACACAUGUGAUGAAACGGUGGAGGCAGCUGCAGGCCUAGGAGAGCCAAGGAGAAAGAGAGCAUGUGAUGUGAUGAGCGUUUGGAGGGCUUCAGGAGUGUCCUUUUUGCAAGGGAAGAAAGGGUGGAGUGAAUGGCUUUUUAGUCUUCUCUUGCAUGUGUGGGGUAGGUCCCGGACUUGCGCAAACGGUUACGUUGGCACGCCUGGUAUUGCGUAGUGGCGAGUGUUCCGGUUCGCUACGUAUCCAUGGCACACCACUUGUGGCUUCCCUUACCUGGGAGGUUAGGCGGGCUUAAGGAGUGGGAGGGAGGGAACUGAGGAUUGCUGUGUAGGCAUGGGGGCGGCUGUCUUGGCAACAAACACCUUUUGCUUCGACACAAUCCUUGCAGUCGGGGCUUAUCCUGUUUGUGGGAUACUUAUAUAUAGGAGCUACCUGCAGUCAAGGUUAACCUUUGGCAAAAAGUGGCAAACGGUGAUCGAACAUGCGCCCGAGACCCUUGGGUCAUUAACGUGUGGGUCUAUGGCAUGGUAGGGUGUUUGUAGCGUCAAAGCAGAUACAGCAGUACGGUUUCACAUUAGCAGGUUGGAGCGAAACUAGGUGGAACGCCUGCUGCGGAAUGCUGGCGAACGUGUUAGCCAACACCGUGUCAUCCGUGCAACAUAACCAUUUGUUACCUACGUCCACAG